CCCGACCCGAUCGAUCAGACUCGCUCCUUUGGGUCCUUCCCCUCGAUCGGUCCGUCUCUCUCGUGCCGCCGCCCGCCUCGCUAGGGUUCGGCCCCGCCUCCACUCCGGCCUUCUUCGCCCUCCGUUCCCAGCUUCCGCAGGACAGAAUUCCCACGGCCACGCCCUCCGCCGCCUUCCACGAUCCACAUCUCCAUCGGCGGCCUCCCAUCCUCCCAUCUUCCGUCAUGCCAGCAGACCAACCUUCCCUCGGCGAUGGCCGCCACCCCCACAUCCUCUUGGAUAAGAAGUGCCUAAUCGGCUAUUUGGAAAACUCCACCACCGCAAAAACCAGAAACAGCCAAGGACUCGACGUCGAGGUCUCCUUCAAAACAGCCGAUCCCCCGGCCAUCUCACUGUGCUUUGCACGCUGCGUCGAUCAUCAGACCGGGAAGAGUUUGGUUGCGGAGCCUUUUAUACUUGGCAUAGCCGGAAGGUUCGUGCUGCUGGCUAUCACUUUCUUGGACAGCGCCAACCAUUAUCGGCGGUUCCUCGACUAUUUCGUCUACAAGGCAGCAGGGCCAGGUUCCGCCUCUCUCCAUCUUCUUCCAAGGCCCUAUCCGUCUUCUUUCUCGCGAAAUUUGGUCGCCGUCUUGCCUGUCACUGACAACAACAGCGAAGAAGACUUUGCUGUCGUUUUCCCUCAUGUUGGAUAUAUCGUGCCCGAGUCUCGCAGACAUUACGCGCUCCACAUCUACCGCUCCGACAUGAAUGCUUGGCACUCUCAGACGGCUUAUGUUGCCAAGGAGGAUGGUGAAACAAGGAAUGCUAAACAUAAGCUAUCGGUUCAUAAUGCCAUGAGCGUGGCAUAUGUAGAAAAGGGUGUCGUAGGCUGGAUCGAUCUUUGGUGGGGAAUUCUCUUAUGCAAUGUUUUGGACAGCAAGCCUAUCAUCCGUUUCAUCCCAUUGCCAAUACCGGAACCGUGUGAUCCCUCUGAGUUCCACUUGACGUUUGAGGAUUUCACCCCAAGACCACACCGUCAUGUCACGAUAUGCCAUGGUUUGAUCAAGUUUGUUGGGUUAAAUUUUCAUGCGGAUAACGCUAUUCGCAACAUGAAGCGAGCACAAGAUCAUGGUUGGACGGCUACUACAUGGACCAGAUCAAUCUAUUCAGAUGAUGUUUGGCAUGAUGGCAUGACGAUUGAUACGUCUGAGAUAUAUUUCACCGACUCGAGUUUGCCGAGUCUUUUGCCUGGGAUGUUUGAUGAGGAAAACAAUUUGACAUGGGGGAAAUUCACCACUGCAGGCCCUACAUUAAGUUUGCUCGAUGACGAUAUUAUGUACAUUAUGGCGAAGGAGAGCAUGUGCCAUCAGACAGCAUAUGUACUCGCUGUCAACACCAAAAGUUUGAAGCUCGAAUCUGGUGCGCAAUGUUCUGCUCAAAAGAUGAGGUGGUUUGAACCCACCUAUGAGCCCUGUCUUCUUCUUAGCUCUUUUGGUACGACUUCAGAGUUGGUUAAGGAAUUUGAAACCAAAGCGACAAUAAUGGAAACCAAGGAGGGACCGAUCCUGUCGGUGUUGUCCAGGCGUCUCCACGCGCUGCGGAAGCAGCAGAAUCGCAUCGCGCGGACGGAAGAGUCUAUCGCGGCCGGCAUGACGCUUAGCCAGGAGCAGAAGGAGGCGAUGCGCUCCAAGCCUGUCCUCGCCGCCGUCAUUGACGAGCUCGAGCGCCUCCGCGCACCACUCGCCGCCGCCCUCGCCGAGGAGCUCUCCACCAUCUCCGCCCCUGCUGCCGGUUCCUCGUCCAUCUAGGACCUCCUCAUCCUUCAGCUGCACUAUUUCCAUUAUGUCUUUUACUAGAAUCUUUGUGAGUUGUUCUAUGCGAGGUGUUGGGCGUCACGAUAGCAGAUAACGUAGAGUCGCGGCUAGGUUCUUUCUAAUAAAAUGUUUAUCUUUUACGCGUGGUCUACUUGCCUGGUUUGUUUACCGUUCGGAAGAUUCUGCUGGUAGGAUUUGGUCACACAGCUGACCUGA